AUGUUCCUCCUCAGUCAGUUAGCCUACGACCUUUAUUCGACCCUCAGCUCUGGAAGAGAGGCUGCAUCGCGUGACCUGAAAGAGCUUGAGGGGGUGCUCUUUAGUCUUAGAUGCGCUUUGGAUCACCUCAAGGACGUCUCCGGAGACGUACUCGCAAAACCAGGUUUGCAACAUGGGGGGUCAGCGCUCAAGGAGAAGUUGGAUAUGAUGAUUGGAUCAUGCGCUUCCACACUGCAGGAGCUGGAUACUGUGACGAAGAAGUAUCGCGACGCCGAGAUCCAAGCGAACAAGGGAAAGACGAAGUUGCGCACGCUGGAUGAUGUGAGAAAGAGCAUGAAGGUCAACUGGCAGAGAGUGCGGUGGGACCGCGAGAAGCAAUCCCUGCAACAGUAUCGCGAGAAGCUCAAGUCGCAUACUGAUGCGAUAAAUCUCAUGUUGACUUCGAUAGUCUGGGCAAACACCGCGUUCGCGAAUGCUAACAGCAAGAAGAACCACGAUAGAACGCAUUCUCUGUUAGACAACGUAUUGCGCACUACAGUUGUAGAUCCUGAAAUUCGAAGUUUGGUGGAAGAGAUGCACGGCAUGCUCACCAAUCCGACUGCCAGGCCACAAACAGGCCAGAUGAAAGCGAAACGAAGUAUGGGAUUGUCCCACAACCAGGUCGAUGUCACUGCAAAUUCGCUGAGCGGCCCGUCAUUUGAGGAAGCGCCGAAUCCGAAGCCAGAAGACAUCCAAAUGGCCACGAUGCAAGGUACAGCAUCGCCUCACGAUCAGCUCGGGACUGUGUACCCUUUCAGCGAAGCAUCAUUCGACGAAUCGUCUGUUCCCAUAAGAAGAUACAGAAGAAGUUUGCCUGUAGUAAGCCUGUACGCAAUGACGAGUUUGCCCGAAAGAACGGCAAGGGUAGAUGAAUAUGCCAGACCUACCUCAACAGGAGUAUCGACGCGAGGCCUUGCCCGUGUACCGUCUUGGAUAGGGCAAGAUAUUGCAGAGAGCGCAAGCAAGCCAAGCACACCCUCUGUGUACCAUACGGCACACACGCAAAACAUGGGGUCGAGUGAGAUGUAUCACAAGUUCGAGAACCUUGCGGAGAGCACGUUUCGGCAUGAGCGUCUGACAGACCAAGUGAAGCUACCAGCGGCCACUGUACAGCUCAACAACGAACGCCGCGCUUUCGGAGCAAGAGAGUACGAAGCCUUCAAACAGCGAUACACAAAGCCGAAGAAGUUCGCGAAGCCGUCUUUGCUGACGAGUGUGACGCCCAGCAGUCGAGACCUCCAAGCCUGCAUACCGCAUAUCUUCCAGUCAACAGCAGAGGGUAAACAGCAGACGCAAGAGCGGAAAAAUGACAUAACUCGGUGGGCGCAUGAGUUCUCUCGCUACAUCAACGAUACAAACGUGACCCAGUCCAACAAAGACGGGCAUAUCUUGAGGUUGUUGGGGGCGCUGAACGAGGCAGUCGAAAGCAGUACUGGAAAGAUGAGAAAGCUGUUCUACGAGACUUCGGACUCGGCAGGCUUCACAUCAGUACUGAGCCAGAUAGAGACCAUGUCGAAAAGCGUGAGAGUGAUGAAAGAGAUUGAAGAGUUCCAGGACACCAAAGGAGAAUAG